ACCUCCGGAGGCCUGCGGGCUUGCAGCACAUCCCGGAUCUGGAGUAUCUCUGGCAGGAGCGGAGUCAGAGGGGGGCCGCGGAUCCUAAAGGUGGGCUGUGAAGAACUUGGCGAACUUGGAAUCGGAAAAUCCCGGAACCCGGCAAUAAAAUCGGAAAGACCCGGAUCGCGGAACGUAGCUCGCGGAGCGGACUCAGCACGUAGCCGGGAGGCCCGAUCGCUGCACCGCGGGACGGGACGGCGGAGUGAUGUCGGGCCGUGGCGCGGGCGGGUUCCCGCUGCCCCCGCUGAGCCCCGGCGGCGGCGCCGUUGCCGCGGCUCUUGGUGCGCCGCCUCCGCCUGCGGGACCCGGAAUGCUGCCCAACCCGGCGCUCAGGGGCCCGGGGCCUUCUGGAGGCAUGGGGGUACCGGGAGCCGCCGCCUUUCGCCCCAUGGGCCCCGCGGGCCCCGCGGCGCAGUACCAGCGACCUGGCAUGUCACCAGGAAGCAGGAUGCCCAUGGCUGGCCUGCAGGUGGGACCUCCAGCUGGUUCCCCAUUUGGUACAGCUGCUCCCCUUCGACCUGGCAUGCCACCUACCAUGAUGGAUCCAUUCCGAAAACGCCUGCUUGUGCCCCAGGCCCAGCCCCCCAUGCCUGCCCAGCGCCGAGGGUUAAAGAGGAGGAAGAUGGCAGAUAAGGUUCUACCUCAGCGAAUCCGUGAACUUGUCCCAGAGUCUCAGGCAUACAUGGAUCUCUUAGCUUUUGAGAGGAAGCUGGACCAGACCAUCGCUCGCAAGCGGAUGGAGAUCCAAGAGGCUAUCAAAAAGCCUCUGACGCAAAAGCGAAAACUUCGGAUCUAUAUUUCCAAUACAUUCAGCCCCAGCAAGGCAGAUGGUGAUAAUGCAGGAACUGCAGGGAACCCUGGCGGAACCCCAGCAGCAGACAAGGUUGCCUCCUGGGAGCUUCGAGUGGAGGGAAAACUUCUGGAUGAUCCCAGCAAACAGAAGAGGAAGUUUUCAUCAUUCUUUAAGAGCCUUGUCAUUGAGCUGGACAAGGAGCUCUAUGGGCCCGACAACCAUCUGGUAGAGUGGCAUCGGAUGCCCACCACCCAGGAAACAGAUGGCUUUCAGGUGAAGCGGCCAGGAGAUCUCAAUGUCAAGUGCACCCUUCUGCUCAUGCUGGAUCAUCAGCCUCCGCAGUAUAAACUGGACCCCCGACUGGCGAGGCUGCUGGGGGUGCACACACAGACAAGGGCUGCCAUCAUGCAGGCUCUGUGGCUUUACAUCAAACACAACCAGCUGCAGGAUGGGCACGAGCGGGAGUACAUCAACUGCAACCGUUACUUUCGCCAGAUCUUCAGUUGUGGCCGACUCCGUUUCUCCGAGAUUCCCAUGAAGCUGGCUGGAUUGCUGCAGCAUCCAGACCCCAUUGUUAUUAAUCAUGUCAUUAGCGUGGACCCUAAUGACCAGAAGAAGACAGCCUGCUAUGACAUCGAUGUGGAGGUGGAUGACCCACUGAAGGCCCAGAUGAGCAACUUUCUGGCCUCUACCACCAACCAGCAGGAGAUUGCCUCUCUUGAUGUCAAGAUCCACGAAACCAUUGAGUCCAUCAACCAGCUGAAGACGCAGAGGGAUUUCAUGCUCAGCUUUAGCACCGACCCCCAGGACUUCAUCCAGGAAUGGCUCCGUUCCCAACGGCGAGACCUCAAGAUCAUCACGGAUGUGAUUGGAAAUCCCGAGGAGGAGAGACGAGCAGCUUUCUACCACCAGCCCUGGGCCCAGGAAGCAGUUGGGAGGCACAUCUUUGCCAAGGUGCAGCAGCGAAGGCAGGAGCUGGAACAGGUGCUGGGAAUUCGCCUGACCUAACUGCUCAGGGGCUGCGUCCUUCCUUCCCUGCCCUGGAACCAGGCAGGAGGCCGGCUGUCCUCUUGGUUCUGGCUGGGGCUGCAGACAUGUAGGAUGGAGUGAGGUGUGUUUCUUGUCACCCUCUACUCCCCAGCUUUAGUUUUAUAGAUGUAGUUUUAGAUUCCUCAUUGCUUGGUCCCCAAAGCCUUAUUACUUUUAGCGUUGGCUUUAAUUGGGUUCGCAAGAUGCUGCCUCAGCCCCCUGCAGGCAGGCCCAAGUAGGACUGCUGGAGGCUGUGCU